GCGUCGCGUCCGCGUCCCUCCUGCGCAAAUCCCGGGUUGCUGGUUGCCAUGGUUUCCCGCAUCACAUGCGCGGCUUUCCUGUAUCCAGCAGCGCAAAAAAAGAGAAAGAUGCCAGCUCUUGAAUUCCCUGCCAUUUUUACGCCCGCAAAUUAGAGGACACGGUCGGACACGAGAAGAAACAGACGCAGAUGGUGGAAUAGUGAGAAAUCCGUCGCGUUCCCUCUGACGCGUUUGCGGGUCAUUCUUCUCAGCUGACGCGGCGAAACGGGACCGACUGUUGUACGCGCAAGAUCGGGCCGAAUUUUGCGCACAUUUCACCGUCAGGAAAUGAGUAUAGAAAUCCCCGAGGGCUUGACGGAGCUUCUGCAGAGCUUUACCGUGGAGGUCCUGAGGAACCAGCCGGGGGAUCUGCUGGAGUUCGCCCUGCAGUACUUCACGCGUCUCAAGGAGAACGAGACCCGCGGCGGCGCGUUCGGCAAUGAGCACAAUUCGGCUGCGAGAGCGGGGAAAGCCGUCAACUUCAUCGAGGAGGCCAUGCAGAUCGACUCCGAAAACGGAGAGGAAGAGGAUGACGAUGAAGAAUUCGUAGCUCCAGUUAUCAACAGAUUCGUCCGGAGAGCUUCUGUUUGUGCGGAGGCGUACAACCCUGAUGAGGAUGAAGAGGAGAGAGAACCCAGGGUCACUCACCCCAAAACAGACGAGCAGAGACAGAGACUACAGGAAGCCUGCAAAGACAUCCUACUGUUCAAAAACCUGGACCAGGAGCAGAUGUCGCAAGUCUUGGAUGCCAUGUUUGAGAAGGUAGUGGUGACCGGAGAGCACAUCAUCGAUCAAGACGACGAUGGCGACAACUUCUACGUCAUUGAGAGGGGAACGUUUGACAUUAUGUUGAAAGCGGACGGCACCACGCGGACCGUGGGCUCUUAUGACAACCGUGGGAGUUUUGGAGAGCUGGCCCUCAUGUACAACACGCCGAGGGCCGCCACCAUCAUCGCUACCUCACCUGGAGCCCUGUGGUGCCUCGACCGGUUGACAUUCAGAAGGAUCAUCGUAAAGAACAACGCAAAGAAAAGAAAAAUGUACGAGGCUUUCAUCGGGACUCUUCCGCUACUCACGUCACUGGAGGUUUCAGAGAGAAUGAAGGUUGUUGAUGUCUUGUCGACCAAAGUGUACAACAGUGGGGAACAGAUCAUUGCUCAGGGUGAUUUAGCAGAUUGUUUCUACAUCGUAGAGUCAGGACACGUUAGGAUCACUAUGAAGAGGAGCAAGUCAAAAAACGAUACUGAAGACGAGGAGGUGGAAAUCGCCACGUGCUCCAGAGGCCAGUAUUUCGGAGAGUUGGCGCUCGUCACUAACAAGCCACGGGCGGCUUCUGCAUAUGCCAUGGACAACGUCAAAUGCUUAGUAAUGGACGUGCAGGCGUUUGAGAGGUUAUUAGGCCCCUGCAUGGACAUCAUGAAACGAAACAUAGCGAAUUACGAGGAGCAGCUGAUCACGCUCUUCGGGAGUCACAUCGCAAUAGAGGAGCCGAAUGCAUGAAAUCAGUUAAUCAAUAAACAUCGCAAACGUAAAAUGCAACAUGAAAUGAUGAGAACAUGGUAAGUAGAGGCCCGUCAUCAUGGUCGAGAAAUCGUGUUAACAUAGGUCAUAAGCUUGAAGUCAUUGUUUUGCAUUCACAGAUGUGAAACUCCGGUGUGCGUGUCAAUGAUCAUGGUUGUUUUUUAGAUGUGAAAAGCCAAACGUGAGCAUUUUCCUUCAGGGUACUCGAGGCUUAUGGGAGUUUCCUCAUGGUUAUUUGGUUUGGGGAUUUGGUACCGGUGUGUUUAUCGAACUUUUUCGUGUUUUUUCACUUGGUUUGUGUUUCUCUCACAUGCUGCAUCUUUUACAGUGACGUCCACACAAAGACUGCAUUAAUAUGCCAUAUACAGCACAGUAAUUUAUUAUUUUAAAGCUAUACUUCUGAAUCUGCUAUUGAGCAUUUGUCAAUGUUUUCAGUGUUAUCUAAGCCAUUUUGGACUAAAUAUGAAUUAAGCACUUGAGCUUCAUGAAAUGCAUCUUGAUGACACAAAAGUAUUACAUGCCGGAGUUUAAAGUCAACAUGAAAUCUAAAUAAAAAAAAUAAAAAAAAGUCUGUAUAAUGUAUGUUUUCAGCUAAAGUCUAGUCUUUAUUCUUGUAUAAAACAUCCAUUUUUUUACCAUCUGAUCAAUUCUGAUCAUAAAAUCAGGUCCCGUUCAUUUUAUUUUCUUGCUGAAUAUCCUAUUUAACUCGGAAAUACUUCCGAUUACAGAACGGGUUGGAAACUGUGUUUCACGUUGACUUUAAUACUCAAGUUUUAUUACACUUCCAUGGGUUAAUAAACGUUCAGAUUGCUUGAGAAUAUGAUAUGAGAAGAGGAGAUGGCACUCAAUUACAUAUAAUAAUGAAAAUGAAGUCUGAAUAUUAUUGCACUUUGAUGCCAGUGUAAUAAAAAUCAAUAAUUUUUUGGAAUAGCUUACCAGAAAUGAAAUUUACUCACCCUCAGGCCAUCCGAUAUACGGAUGAAUUUGUUUCUUCAUCAGAUUUGGAGAAAUGUAGCAUUGCAUCACUUGCUCACCAAUGGAUGUGAAUGGGUGCCGUCAGAAUGAGGUUUAACCUGUCACUUCUGGUCCUUUACAAGUGCUUUAUCCAUAAUAAUGCUUCAUCCAGAGAGUCGUCUCGUCUGAAUCAGGAGAGAAAUAUGCACAAAUCAAGCACCGUUUACAAGCUAUAUCAGAUCAAAACGGUUUAAAUCAAAUGUCUUAAUGAUGGAUUUGUUUCUUACAAAUGCACAGUGUUUCGCUUCACAACAUGUUAACUGAUGGACUGGAGUGGUGUGGAUUACUUGUGCAUUACUGUGAUGUUUUUAUCAGCUGUUUGGACUCUCAUUCUGACGGCACCCAUUCACAUCCAUUGGUGAGCAAGUGAUGUAAUGCUGCUUUUCUCCAAAUCUGUUUUUUGAUGGCAAAACUCAUUUACAUCUUGAAAAGUCUGAGGAUGAGUACAUUUUCAGCUAAUUUUACAUUUCUGGGUGAACUUGAGGUUGCAAACAUUAAUAAACGUUAAUAAACGAUUGCUUGAGAAUACGAAGAUGGCACUCGAUUACAUAUAAACAUGAAAAUGAAGUCUGAAUAUUGUUGCACUCUGAUGCCAGUGUAAUAAAAAUCAAUAAUUUUAUGGAAUAGCUUACCAGAAAUGAAAAUUUACUCACCCUCGGGCCAUCCAAGAUGCAGAUGAGUUUGUUUUCCUCAUCAGAUUUGGAAAAAUGUAGCAUUGCAUCACUUGCUCACCAAUGGAUGUGAAUGGGUGCCGUCAGAAUGAGGUUUAAACUGUCACUUCUGGUUAAAACAAAACCCUUUAUCCAUAAUAACACUUCCUCCAGAGGUCAUCUCGUCUGAAUCAGGAGAGAAAUAUGCACAAGCAAACUGUUUACAAGCAAAAUCAGACCAAAACAGUUCUAAACAAAUAUGUCACUAAUGAUGAUAAAAAUGUCCUAAUGAUGGAUUUGUUUCUUACAAACGCACAGUUUUUCACUUCACAAGAUGUUAACUCAUGGACAGGAGUGGUAUGGAUUACUUGUGGAUUCUUGUAAUGUUUUUGUCAGCAGUUUGGACUCUCAUUCUGACGGCACCCAUUCACAUCCAUUGGUGAGCAAGUGAUGUAAUGCUGCGUUUCUCCAAAUCUGUUUUGAUGACAAAACUCAUUUGCAUCUUGAAAAGUCUGAGGGUGAGUACAUUCAGCAAAUUUUCAUUUCUGGGUGAACUUGAGGUUGCACAGCUCAACAUGUUUUCAAUUCCUUGUUUUUGCACAGACUUUGAGAAACUUCAUACUGUCACAUAUGAAUAGUAAAUAUAGGCAUUGUGUAUCUUUACUUUUAAAAUGGUGUAGCACAUUUUUAUGCUUUGUUCACAUCUUUAAGUAUUUCACAAUUAAGAUGUAUUCGACAUGCACAAAUUGUACGUUCACAUUCAUUUUCCAAAUGCUCGAAAUGUUACCAAGGACAUUUGCUUUCUCUGAACAGGUCUGAAUGAUUCCUGUGUAUAUUUUAUUUACGUUUGUUUCUGGUAGCUUUUGGCAUUUUGAUAAUAAUGUUCUUCAAAACACUCGCUUUAUUCUUCAUUUCUGCAGUACUCCGGUACUGUUUUUCUCUCUCUCUCUUGAUGUAUGAGAAGUUUGUCCUUGUCGACUGGAUCUUUUUGCUUCACAGCAAGUCAUAUGCAUUACUAAGUAGUAUCCAUUUCUUCCUGAAACAUUACUGAAGAUUCAUUACUGUCUACCUCUAAUAUGAACAGCUUAGCCAUCAUCACCUCUUCCCAUGUAGAUCCCCACAGGUUUGUCUCUUGGUAAACUAACCUGCAGUGAAUCCCUAAACCAUAUCUGUGUGUCAGUGUGACUUUACAUCAUUUCUACCCUGUUCACCAUGAAAAAAAAAGACUUUUAAUUGCCAAUCAGUGCUCAUUUCUCUACCAUUUCUGUGUGAAUUUCUGCCGCCUAAUUGAGAAGUCGCUAAUGCUUUUUAUGUCCUGAAAAAUGGAUCAAAGGUCUACAGUCUCUUGGUGCAAGAGAGCCCAGUAUUAUACCGUCAGUUAUAUUUGACUUUCCAUUCAAAUAAAGAACAAUUUUGUAUUUAAAUCAUGUUGUGAUUAUUAC